AUGGAGGAAAAGCAGACAAGCUUCACGUUUGAGAUAGAUAACUUCUUGGAGAAGGAAGCUGUGAUAGAAUCUCCAAAAUUCACAAGCGGCGGCUGCGAAUGGUUUGUUAGGGUUCAUCCCAAAUGGGGUGAUGGCUUGUCUCUGAAACUCUGUGUUGCUAAUCCUGAAUCAUUACGACUUGGAUGGAAAAGACGAGCUAGUUUUUCCUUUGUUCUAUUAGAUCAAUCAAGCAAAGAGCUCUACCGAACACCUGAAUGGUACAACUUGUUCUGCGCUCAGAUCUCAACAUGGGGUUUUUUCUUCCCUCGAAAAAACGUUCAAGAGAAAGUGUGUUUGGAGAAGAAUAAACUUAUCUUUAAAGUGGAAGUAAAAGUAGUUGAAGUUGUUGAUGAAGGAGAUGUCACUGGGAAUGAGACGUUCAAUGUAAAUGGUUUCCAAGUUCUUGGUUCUCAGGUUGAUUCAGUGCUUCGGCUUUUCAAGCAACACCCGGAUAUUGCAAUAAAUUUCAGACCAAAUAGCCAAUUGAUGAAGACAACAUACAUGAAUCUCCUUCUCAGUCUCAUCGAGACACUGAACAAGCCUCCACAUAGCUUAUCUGUGACUGAGCUAAGCAACGCUCACAGCGAGUUGAUUGAUCUAACAAACGUGGGAUUCAAGCUAGACUGGUUGGGAACAAAGUUUGAUGAGGUUUCCUUGGAGAGGAAGAAAGAAAAUGGUGAUGUGUCUCGAGUUCAAGAACUCGAGGAACACAUCAAGAAACUCAAACUUGAACUGGACAAGGAGUAUGUCAACUAUGCUACUUAUGGUGCUAAAAUUUGUUCUUCGGAGAAGACGAUGUGGAAGCUCCAAUGUGAGCUGAACGAUGCGAAGGACAUAGCCGCUGCUAAAGACAGAGAUUUUCCUAAGGCUGCUAGAGACAAAGAGUUGCGAGAAGCUGCUAAAGAUGAAGAGUUAGGAGAGACUGCUAAAGACUUGCGCGAGUCUCUUGUUCACUCUUGGAAUGAGUGGAAAGUAAGAUUGGGAUUUGCUGAUUUUCGUUAUGAAAAAAUAUAG